AUGCAAAACGAUACCGACUUUACAAUGCCAACCCAAUCGUACGACCAUUCUUCACUAGACAACACCAACAAGAUACUACGGGACUUGACAAGAAAACUAUCGACACUGUCAACAACAUCAUCACAACAAACUCAGACGUCAUCUGUAAUACACAAUAGCGACUUAUUUGGCUUGGGAAAGCAAAGGAUUCGAAGCCAUGUUCUACAAAGUUUGAUUGAUGAUAACGAUGCCGAUUUGAUGAUGAAUGAAAAACGCGAACGAAUACAUAAUAUUAUAUUCAACCCAGAUGAGUUAUUUCAACAGAGGAAACAACAAAGUUUUAUGACCAGUUUUGGACAAACUUAUAACGAUGAUAAGAUAAAAGUAAAGAGCAAGAAAAACAAUUUGGUUAAGCACAACAAUACCAGACCUCUUACUGGUAAACUAGCGAGAAAGAAUUCUUUAAAUUUGACUCAGAAUAGACUAGAACGGAAUUCAGAUUAUCCAGAUGGGAAAACCAAGCUGCUGAAGAUAGAAGAUUCACAAGAGAAAGAUGGAACACCCCUAAAUAAUGAUGAAGAGGAUGACUUGGAUGAGGAGAGGCUAGGGUAUUACUACAGCGAUGAUAACGAUAGAUUCUACUCUCAAAAUGAAGAAGAAGAAGAAGAAGAGGAAGAAGAGGAACAGAAACAGAAACAAGAAGAAGAACAAGAACAAGAAGGAGUUGUGGAAAGAGAACAUGAUGAGUAUGAGGGCGAGUAUUAUGGCGGAGAAGAAGAAGAAGAAGAAAAAGAAUCCUUUUACUCCUCGGAAGAAGAAGAAGAAGAAGAAGGUGAUUUGAUGAUCCCACCAUUAGCACCAAGAUCACCUCCACAGGAUCUAGACCCCGACAAACUAUACGGCCUAUACGAUUUUUCUGGUCCUGAACCUUCUCAUUGUUCUUUACUAAGAGAUGAACCAGUGCAUUUAGUUAAUGACGAUGAUAAUUAUUGGUGGUUGAUUCGAAAACUUUCGAAAGGAGAACGAAUAGCUCGGUUACAGAGACUAGGUACAGAUUUUCCCAUUGAUGAAAUGGUUUUUCUGGAUAAUGAGGAUGGAAAAAUCGGAUUUGUUCCAGCAGAAUGUCUAGAAACUCACGGAGAAAGGCUAGCUAGAUUGAAUUGCUAUAAAAAUGAAGUAUUGGAGAAAUCAAUCGAGAAUGAAGUUUAUUCAGAGAAAAAUGAGAAAAAUGAUAAUAAUAAUAAUAAUAAUAAUAGUAAUAAUAGUACUAGCAGCAAUGAUCUGCAAGUAAAGUCAAAGGAUUCUGGUGUCAAUGUGAAAUCUGUUACUUUUGAAGAUUUGAAUGAUUUAGAGAGCGAAAGUGAUGAAAUGGGAAAGAAUGAGUCGGAAAUGGAAAGUUUGAAUGAUGAUAUUUAUCACAAUGCAGUGCCUGAGAGAACAUAUGGUAAGAACGAGAUACGACAGAACCUCAAUCGAUAUAACGUUGAAUUACCGGAUUUUAAACUGCCACUGCAUCCAACAAAGGAAUUAAAAGAAGGAGGAAGAGGAGAAGAACCACCUGUAAUAGAGGCAGAAACAUUGAGUGAUGUCUACUCUGGAGAGGUCCCGUUAUUGAUUAACAAAAAGAACACAAGGUCUAACGGACUAAUAAAUCAAAGGAAGCUUAACCCGCCUGCCUUGAUUUCUACUGAUGAUGCCUCAAUUGGUUCAUUUUCCCCUGAUACUCCAGUACCGAAAACAGGACAAUUUGAUGCAGAACGCGAAGAGAGAAACCAGGAUUUUCAAAAUUUGAAAAGAUCAGUGAUUUUAGACAGAUUGACUCAAAUGACCAGUGAUAUUCAAGAGCAGAUGAAUCAAAGCUCUGACGAAGGAGGCGAAGAGAUUGAUCUGGAUGAUGAUCUUGGAUUUUGUUUUGAUGAUUAUCAAAUUGACGAAGGAGGCAAAACUACUGAAGAGAUGAUACACAAUAUCGAAAAGACAGUGCAUAAUGAUACUGCAGAAGCUGAUAAAAGUUUCAAGAGUUCCCAAGAUGUAGCCGAGGUGAGCAGCAGCUCCAAUGAAUCUAUUAAACAUACCGCUUCUACCACUGCUGCCACUUCAUACAUGCAGCUGGGUGUACCAUUGAGGUCUCAUGAUAAGGCACCAGAAUCAAGGAGUUGCACCUCACUCAACUCGCAGAAAUCCGAUUUCUACACGUUACCUAAGUCCCCGUCUUCUUCUUCAUCCUCAUCUUUAACUUUGCCUUUGAAACAUCAACAACCAUUUACAAACAAAUUACCAGCAUCACCAAGUCCGACUCAAGGAUCAAUUGCUCAAAAUCCCUCUACACCAUCUCCAUCCCAAACUUCUAUGCGGAAUUGCAAUUCAUCCAGUGGUCAACCUCACGGAGUCAUUGAUUUUUGUACAAAGUCUCCGCUGCGUGUCUCAUCCAAUAUAUUAGAAAGCCCAUUACGAUAUUUAAUUGCAAGAACCUCGCCAUUAUCAAAUACCUCUCUGAACAACAAGGAGUCUGACAACAAGUCUCCACAAUACUCACCUCCAGUGACAUGCAUGCCUCAUAACGCUACUGAACAAUUACGUUCUCCGGCGCCCGUAACAGCGUCAUUGCCUAUCUUAUCAACGACACCGACAUAUUUGCAAACAGAAACCCGAAACUUUGAAUUUUCAGAUACGGAUUUUUCCAAAAUCAGCAUUAGUAGGGAGCAAGACAAGGCGAAGGAAGUAUGUAUGGAGAAAGAGAAGCAGAACAAUAAAAAGAGAAAGGAAGAGGAGAGGAAAGAGGAGGAUGAGGAUGAGGACGAGGACGAGGACGAGGACGAGGGAAAAGGAAUAUUAAGUGAAUCCGAAGAUCAAGACCACGAUCCAUCAGACUAUAACAUCACGCCACUUACAAGUAUGAACUCACUUACCCCGUUUGAUGAGCGAAGAAAAUAUGGAAACGGAACCACUUUAAAGAGUGCUUAUGUGGGGUCUACUAGUAACAAUGUGACGCUAAUGACACCAACUGGAGAAAGGAGGAAGAGUAAACCUGUACAUGAAAUGUUUAUGCCUAUAUUGGGGAAAUUCGACGAGUUGGCAGAAAAAUUGGCAGAACUAGAUGAUAUGUUGUAG